CUGGAGUUCUGGACUGUUUACACAGAUGGGAACCAGUGUGUGUCCAACAUGUGUGUCCAUGGGGUGUGUGUGGACCAGCUCCAGGAGUACGUCUGCAGCUGUUUCCAUGGUUAUGAAGGCAAAUACUGCGACUACAACGUGACAGCCACAAACUGCUCGGUGGAAAACGGCGACUGUGACCACGAGUGCACGGAGAGCGAGGACGGUCUSAGCAGGACCUGCAGCUGUCUGCCGGGGUACAGGCUGGACAACAACAACAGGAAGUGUGUUCCCAAAGGGAAGUCCUCCUGCGGGCAGCUGCUCAUCAACAGGUCCGAAUACGUCAAGACCGUGCCUGAGGGUCCGAUGCCCUGGACCAUCGGAGGAGAGGUGGGCAGGAAGGGGGAGAGUCCCUGGCAGGUGGUGGUUUUUAACGCCAGAGGGAAGUUCCACUGCGGCGGCGUCCUCAUCGAUAAGAGCUGGGUCCUGACGGCCGCUCACUGCAUCGAGGGCAACAACAAGUUCAGCGUCAGGCUGGGGGACUACGAGCGCCUGAAGGAAGAGGGGUCCGAGGUGACCCUGCCGGUGGUCCGGGCCUUCAAGCACCCCAGCUACAACAGCCGGACGGUGGACAACGACAUCGCCCUGCUGCGCCUGCAGACGCCCGCUCCGCUCACCACCUACAUCCUGCCCGUCUGCCUGCCGAGCAGUGCCAUGGCGGAGCGGGCGCUGCACCUGAACGGCACCGUCACCGUGGUGUCGGGCUGGGGCAAGCAGGACAACGGGAAGUACAGCUCGGCGCUGAACGUCAUCAAGGUCCCGCUGGUCAACCGCAGCAUCUGCAGCCAGCACAUGUUCCCCCACCAGCUGUCCGACAACGUUCUGUGCGCCGGGAUCCUGGGCCAGAGCGUGGACGCCUGCGAGGGGGACAGCGGGGGGCCCAUGGUCACCCUGUACCGGGACACCUGGUUCCUGAUCGGCCUGGUGUCCUGGGGCGAGGGCUGCGGCCUGAAGGACAAGCUGGGCAUCUACACCAAGGUGUCCAACUACAACCAGUGGAUCAACCAAGUCCAGGAGGAGUGGGACAGGAGACACCGUCCACAGUGACCCUGGACCACCCACUUCCUGUCAGAACCGCCUCACAGAGUCACAAAUAAAGGUUUACUCUCACUGA